CUCUAAUUCGAAGCAGGCUCCCAAACAUGCUUUUGCAAAGAAGAACUCAUGCUUGAAAAGCAUCUCUCAUUUCACCCCGAAAGAUGUAAAUGCAAUUUCGACAAAAGGAAGGCCUGUCGGGAAAACGUCGCAAUGGUCCUUCACCAUUCGCGUCUCUGUUCACGUGAUGCGAUUCCAGAACGACCCAGCGGACUAACAUGUCGAUAAGUAGGAGCCAAUUCAUCCUUACAAGCCCUUCCCUCCUCGAGCGAGUGAGCAUUGCAAGACAAAUCCAUCUACUAGCAAAUAAAUAUCCUCGCAGCAUACGCCAACACAAGGGCGUGAUAUGGUCGUCACGAAGCACGAGGCGGCCGUUGCCGCUCUCAGAUCGUCAGAUCAGCAGGAGCGAACCCGCGCUGUGCGAUUUAUCAAAAAUAGUGUCAUCGGAAAUAGAACGAAGAAAGAGUUAUACAUGAAAAUGGGUGUGACGGAAAGACUCGUCAAGUUCCUAUCGGAUCCUACCAGCGAUCUCGACCUGCGAGUUCAAGUCUCUGUAGUACUCGGAAGCUUUGCAUACGGGAAUGAUCAAAAUAUACAGAUGCUGGUGGAAGCCGGUGCUAUCACGCCAUUGUUGGCAACUUUAUCAUCGAAAGAGUUGAAGCUUGUCGAGGCGGGGGCAAGAGCACUAAAGGCAGUGUAUCAAAGUGCGCACGCACCAAGAGGAGAUGUGGUCAAGAACAAUUAUGUGCAAGAUUUAAUAAGUCUCCUUACACCCAACGACUUCACACUCGACAAGCCUGCAUCAUCACAGCGCACUGUUCCUGUUCGCAUUUCCGAAGUGGCUGCCGGAAUACUGGCCAAAGUGUCCCUUGCCCAUGAAGAGCAGAUGCAUGUUGCAAGAGCAGGCGCGAUACCUCUCUUAGUGGCAUUAUUAGAUGUUCGAUGGAGCGCAUACCCAAAACUUCAGGAAGCCGCGCUGGACGCCCUUGCAAACCUAUCUCGAGAAAACCCAACGACCGCUCAGAUGAUUGUUUCCUGUAAGGCUUCUCAUAACUUUGACAGAUCUGUUCCCUUAAUUCUAAGACUGGUUCGCGACCGGCGACCUGUCAUGCGACUUCUUGCCGCAACAUGCUUGACAAACAUAUACCGCACCGGCUCCUUACCAUUGGAAUAUCAGCAAGACACGAUUCUAACAGUAUUACCCACUCUCAUCAAGCUCUUUACUGAGACCGCACCAAUAAGCUCUCUUUACGGCUCGGGAUGGGCCACUGUACAGGAGAAGGCACCAAAAGUUUUUGCGGAUAUGGUGGAGCCAAGCGAAGAUUUGCAAAAAGCGGCGUUGGAAGCAGAUGCGAUUUCCAGGCUGGCGGUAGUCAUCAUUGGUGAGGGAGGCGAGCCACCUGAAGUAGUGGAACCCAAAGUGAAAAAUAGGAAAGAUGCAAAAAAGUCUCCGACCAAGACGGCGCCUCCUGCACAACCUGGAGCAACCUGUGGGCAUGCGGAGCGUGUAAAGGAAAGCGCGUUUCGAGCUGUGGCUGCUGUGUGUUCGUUAAGGGAAGAAUGUCGCAAACAGGUAAUUGACGCAAAGUUGCUUCCGCAUAUUGUCUCAGCAAUGUCGCAUCCAAACCGACGCAUUCGCAUCGCUGCAUGUGAAUGCACUCGUUCCCUAUCCCGAUCUGUCAAGAAUCUCCGCACAUCACUAGUGGAUGCUGGAGUCGGAAUUCCUCUUUUCCAGCUGCUUUCGGACGAGAGCGUGGAAGUGCAGACUACAGCCUCCGCGACGCUAUGCAAUAUUGUGCUCGACUUUUCGCCGAUGAAGAAGACGGUCCUGGAGAAUGGGGGUGUUGAACGAUUAGUGGAUUUAGCAAAGAGCAUGGAUGACCGAUUGAGAUUGAACGCAGUGUGGGCUUUGAAAAAUUUGCUAUUUCAAGCAGAUAGCGAAAUAAAGGAGCGGGUGAUGAAGGAACUGGGAUGGGAUGGCUUGUUGAGUCUCAUCAACGAUAAUGAAACCGGAAUUCAAGAGCAAGCUCUCAACCUCCUUCGCAAUCUCGCGUGUGGUAAAGAAAGCGAUAUUGAACAAGUUUUCAAGGGUCUUGGUGAAGACAAAGUUAUGGAUAUACUCGAGACCAAGCUGACAAAACCGACGCAAUCGGAUGACAUUAUCCUGCAAGCGUUAUAUGUAAUCGUCAAUGUAUCUACCGGAAAUGACCGACAUAAGGCUGCGAUCAUGAACCGCGAGACAAUAAUAGAAGCCAUUUUGGGAUUCAUGUCACACACAAAAUCCCUCAUCCGUGUUGCGACCAUAUGGUGCGUCAUUAAUCUAACGUGGACUGAUGACCCUGGAGCGCAAGAGAGGGUCAUCCGUCUUCGCGAAUUGGGCUUUGAGACCCGAUUAGCAUCGAUGAUGGAUGACUCGAAUAUGGAUGUUAAAGAUCGGGUUAAAACGGCGUUAGCCAAUUUUGGAGCGGGAAGCGAUACUCUGUCUGCGCCAAUGGAGAUUACAGGCACAGCGGAGGGAAGUAGUAUAGGCACGAGACGUAGCCGGAGGGAACGAGAGGAUGUUGUGUUUGGGAGCUUGGGAGCGUCCGGGGGAGGAGGCAGUGGCGGUAGAUACCAAGGAUGAACGUGGAUGGACAAAAACUUGUACAGUAAUUUCGAUGAGACAUUUUCUGCUUUCAGCGGAAUCAUGAGUUGAUGUAAUUGUCGUUGAUCAUUCAUUAUCUUUGAGCUACGUCCUUUU